GCUUGUUUCUGCGAUCUUCUUACAAACCCGCAGCAGUCUCCAUCUUGCACCAUGCAAGGCGAAUCUCUGCACUGGCGCCUCGUCGUCUACUGGGUCCUCUUCCUACUGCUUGUGCUCGCGCCUCUCGACGCGCUCUUGCAAGCGCUCUUUGAAGCGCGCCAGUGGUACGCGAUUGACACCUCCGCCGUCGCGCCCAAGGACGUAACGAGUCCGCUUCGUAUCCAGCGCGUCGCCCUCGCACAGCGCUGGCCCCUCGCGCUGCGCAAGCGGUCCGCCUCCCGCGCGCUCUUCCUCGAGUACGUGCCGCUCGUCCUCACGACGUGGGCUUUGGGCGUCGUGCCCGUCUACGCGCCGCUGGAUGCCGCCGUGGAAGCCGCCCUUGUCGUCGCAACGUGCGUCCUCGGCGGAUUCUUUCUGCAGCAAGCCCAUACCCGUCAAGUGCUCCAGUACCAGCAAGAACAGUGGUGCCUCUGGGAGGAAAGUAUGCUCGCGCAGCUUCCGCCAUCGGACUAGCAAAUCGUUUGUGUUUUAGUCUAUUCGCCUUUGAUAUAGCAAGGCCAUCCUUGGUGGUUGUGUGAGUUAGUACAUGGUUUUAAAAUCGGUCGUAUACAGUAUC